AUGUUAUCCACACCUAUCAAAGAUAGCCACUCCUCUUUCAUACUCCCAGACCAAACAUGUCAACGUUUUACUCUUUCUGAGAUUCAAUCGGCAACCCAAAACUUCGAUGAGGCUUUAGUCAUUGGCCGGGGAGGAUUCGGCAAGGUGUAUAAAUGUUCCAAAAUCGGGUCAAUGCACCAAGUUGCAGUCAAACGAUUGCACUCCAUGUCCAAUCAAGGAGCCAAUGAAUUUGAGUCGGAAGUCAAGGUCCUCUCUAAGCUGCGACAUGGUAAUCUCGUAUCCUUAAUUGGUUAUUGCUAUCAAGAAAAAGAAAUGGUCCUCGUUUAUGAGUUCAUGCCAAAUGGAACACUUGAAGAUCAUCUUCUCUCACAGGAUUCUUCUUUAUCCUGGUUACAAAGACUCAAGAUAUGUAUAGGAGCAGCUCGGGGGUUAGACUACCUUCACACAGGUACAUCAACUCAACAUGGAGUCAUACACCGCGAUGUGAAGCCGUCCAAUAUUUUGUUGGAUGCAAAUUUUGCAGCUAAAAUUUCAGAUUUCGGAUUGGCUAAAGUUGGGGUAAUAGAUCAGACACGAACUCAUAUGAGCACAGCUGUGAAAGGGACAUUUGGGUAUAUGGAUCCAUGCUACUUCUACACCGGAAAAUUGACAACAAAAUCCGAUGUUUAUGCGUUUGGGGUUGUAAUGUUUGAGGUAUUGUCAAGGAGAAAAGCGGUAGAUUCAACCCUUGAGGAAGACCAGUGGGGUUUGGCAGGUUGGGCUCAGCAAAAAAUCAAAGAGGGAAAACUCAAUCAAAUUAUUGACCCGAGACUAAUCGGACAAAUCUCCAGAAAAUGCUUGAAGGAGUUUGCAAGCGUAGCAGGCCAUUGUUUACACACCCAACCAAAACACCGCCCUACCAUGGCAGAGGUUGUGGUCAGGCUCGAGUCUAUUCUUUCACAAGAAAGAGAAAGCGCCAAUUCGGUUGUUGAUGAUGAAGGAUUCAUUUACAAGCUAAAAUCUCUUUUGAUUGGGAAAUUAGUUGUUGCUGCAAUUCGAAGCAAUUCUGAUUUCAUUGCGCAUCGUAAACCAAUAUUAGAUGAUGAUAAUGCUGCAAAACGAAAAAAUCCUUUUGAAAGUUCUUGAACUUUCUCAUAUGCUGAAUUGGUAAGUGCAACAAAUGGUUUCGAGGACGAGGAACAUUCCCCAGAUUUUAAUGAAUCCAUUUUUAAAGGUUGGGUUGAUGAAAGGACAUAUACGCCAACAAAAAAAGGUGUUGACGCUGAAAUUGGAAGCAAAUCAGAUUUCAUUGUGCAGCACAAACCAAUAUCAAUUGAAAUUGAUGCCACCAUAGGAAGCGAUAGUACUAAUAAAAGUUUUAGAACUUUCACAUAUACUGAAUUGGCAGUUGCAUCAGGCAAUUUCACGAACAAGGAAUAUUCCCCAACUCUAAUGGAUUUCAUCUACAAAGGUUGGGUUAUUGAAAGGACGUAUGGACCAACAAUAAAUGGUUAUGGUUUAGCGAUGUAUAUUAGGAAGAUGGAGAUUCCAACACGAAAGGUACUUUCAAUAUUUGAAAUGAUGAGGAUGUGGGAGUUACUUUGAAUCGCAUAAUGAAUGGGCCUCGUAUAUUUUUCAAGCAUUCUGAUAUUUUCUAUCUUCUUCAGUUAACAAUUUGGUUGUUCAGCAGGACAUCAAACUAGAACAUUUCAAUCAUCCGAACCUUGUAAAAUUCUUUGGAUAUUGCCUGAAUGAUCGCAAACUAUUUUGUGUUUACGAGUACAUUUCUAGCAUAACUUUGGAUGCAUACCUUUAUGGAGGUAAGCAUACCUUCCACUUAGUUGUAAAUAUCUUUCAGUAUAGCCUUACAUAAACACACCUGCUUUGAGUGGUUGGCAUGCAAUAAAUGGAAAAU